AUGCUACCAAUAAACUUUACUGCGACGAAAAAAAGUGGAGCUAAUGAAGUUGAACAGCGAUCAAAGAAGUCUAGAAGUACAAUAAUUAUACAAGAAGAAGAUAAUAAUAAUUUGAAUAUUGAAAAUGAUGAAGAAAUUGAAGAGAGUGAAGAAAGUGAAGAACACCUUUCUAGAUAUUUUAGUGAUGAAAAUGUUGAAGAAGCUGCUAAUAAUCAACUAUCAAACUUGGAACGUUUUACAAAUAUUAGUGAAGAUGAUAUUAAUCAGCUUGAAAUUAAAGAAGGUAUUCAACAUAAAAAUGAAGAAUUUGAUACAAGACUAACAGAUGUUAUUGGGAAAGGUGAUUGGUAUAAACCAAUAUUGCAAAGUGUUGUGCUUAAUAUUUGUGCUCAUAGUAAGUAUCCAAGCUUAAAAGAACUUAAGGAAGGUGUACUGAGUGGAUUUCACAAUGAAUCAAGAGUAAAGAAUAAAAAUGCAUUCUGGUCACAAGUACGAAGUGAGGUACUUUUAUCGGCUAUUUGUAAAAAUUUGGAUUUACCACGCGUUACCUCUAAUAAUAUUGAAGAAUGGUGUAAAGAUAAAAAAGUUGCUGCAGCAAAAAAUUUCAUGAAAAGAAAGAACAAUAAUGGCGAAAACUUAUUUGAAAAAGAAAUAAUUCCUGACAUUUUUAAGAGUAAGGACUAUACACCUACUAAAUCUGACAAAUUAUUUGCAGUUGGUGUAAUUAAAUUAGCAAUGAAGGGUAAAACUGUUAGUGAGGAAAAUAUUCGCCAAAAAGUAGGAAAUUCAAAAAUCUAG